AUGGCCUUCAAACCAGCGCUCGUUAUCGUCGACGUGCAGGAAGACUUCUGCCCACCAAACGGGGCACUGGCAGUGACAGGUGGACGCGACAUCGUACCGACAAUCAACGAGUUCCUUACGUAUCCGUUUGUUCUCAAAGUCGCGACCAAAGACUUCCAUCCCCAAGAUCACAUCUCGUUCGCAUCGAAUCACUCCGCGCCGAACAACAAACCCUUCGAAUCGACGUUCGUCAUCAAAAACCCAGAGAACCCAGACGAGACGCAAGAAACGCGACUAUGGCCCGACCAUUGUGUGCAGGGAACAAAAGGCUCUGAGCUGCUGCCCGAGCUCCACGUCAGUAAAGUGGACCAUGUAGUCGAGAAGGGCCAGGACAAGCGCGUGGAGAUGUACUCUGCAUUUGCGGAUCCGUUCAAGAGUCAUGUGGCCAAGAGUAAUCUCGCAGACACACUGCGCAAGGCUGGAAUCACCGACGUGUACGUAGUAGGCCUUGCAGCCGACUACUGCGUGAAGUUCACUGCGAUUGAUGCACAGAAGGAAGGCUUCAAAACGUGGGUGGUGGGCGACGCGACGAAGGCGGUGGAUCCGUCAGUGAUGGAACAGGUUCACAAGGAAUACGAGAAGACCGGAGUCACGGUCAUAGGUAAGGACGACGCGCAAAUGCGGAAGGUCAAGGAGCAAGUGCAGCGGACGCAGGACCAGGACGCGAAAGACGCAGGGAAGGCUGGCGAGAGCAGCUCACUCUCGCCGGCACCCGAAGCACCAAGACAACCUCUGCCGACACCUGGCUGCCUGGUCCUAGCCACCUCGCCUCCAAGACUUGCUCCUCCCUCUUCUCCUUCUCUCUCAUUUUUGCGGCGAACAACCACGAUGCCGCAUCUCCCUAUAGUCUCCAAGCACCGCCGGUCGUCGGUCAACAGUAGCCGCGGAUCCUCGAUAGACGAGACACGACGACACGAUGGCGGCGACGAAACUACCAAGGAGGACGAGACUGUCAUGGACUCGGAGCAGGGGAACAUGCUCUCUCACAUCAUAUCGCAACUGCGACCUGGUGCCGACUUGAGCCGCGUGACGCUUCCCACCUUUAUUCUCGAGCCGCGAUCGAUGCUGGAGCGCAUAACAAACUUUAUGGCACACCCCGAGACACUCCUCCCCAUUACCAAGGUCGACGACCCAGUGCAGCGAUUUGUAGCAGUGACAAAGUUUUACCUAAGUGGUUGGCACAUCAAGCCCCCGGGAGUCAAGAAGCCGCUCAACCCCAUCCUGGGUGAGGUCUUCACAGGUUACUGGGACUACCCGGACGGCACCAAGGGCUACUACAUCUCCGAACAAACGUCACACCACCCGCCCAAGUCAAGCUACUUCUUCAUGGCACCCGAGCACAACAUCCGCAUCGACGGUACCCUCAAGCCCCGAAGCAAGUUCCUGGGUAACUCAGCCGCCAGUAUGAUGGAGGGUAUUGCAGUCCUGCGGCUCCUGAACACCGGCGAACGAUUCUUCGUUACACAACCCAACAUGUACGCGCGCGGAAUACUAUUCGGCACGAUGAAGUACGAACUUGGCGACCACGCAUACAUUCGAUGCCCUGAGACAGGACUAACUGCUGAUCUCGAAUUCAAAACCAAGGGUUAUUUCAGUGGAACAUACAACGCCAUUGGUGGUUACAUCAAAGACUCUAGCGGGAAGAACUUGUACGAACUCUCGGGCCAGUGGAACGAGGAGAUGUACAUCAAGGACUUGACGGCAGGUCUCGGUUGCUUCACUGUUCGAAUAUCACAUACCAAACACACCCCACCUUCGGCUCGACCUCUCGAAGAACAAAACGACCGCGAAUCGCAGAAGCUCUGGCACGAUGUGUGCGAGGCUGUAAAACGGAGGGACCAGGAUGUAGCAACCGAUGCUAAGGCAAAGAUUGAAGACAUGCAGAGGCAGGAAGCUGCGAAACGAAACAGCGAGGGUGUAGACUGGCAUCCACAGCUUUUCAGACGUGUAAAGGGUGGUCAUGGCGGUCCUGAGGAAGGCGAAGAAGACCUUGACUGGAUCAUCAACGCCAAGAUUGAUGGCAAGACCCCCGAUGAGGUCGUCAAACAAAUCCUGCAGAUAUAUGCCAUCUUGCCCGGUCAAAAGCCAGAAAAGCAGUUCAACAUUCCCUCGCGGGCAAAUGAUGCACCACCACCGCAGCCACAAGAGGCUGCACAGCCAGCACUUACGGAGACAUUGCAGCCCGUGCCGUCCGAACCCUCAAGUGUGCAAUCACAGCCAGCAGUCAUACCAGGACAACAAGAUUCGAGCGUAGGUCUUCCCAGCAACUUCGACGGAACAACAACCACUCAUGCCCCGCUUUCCAAACACAGCAGCAUCCCCAACGAUCCUAGCAACCCCCCAACGAUACCUCUCCAAAAGCCCAUGCCGCAACCCACUACCAUCUCACCCGAGAACCGGGAGGUCAUUUCGCGUGAACUGCCGCCAAGCAAGCUCCUUAAUUCGAACCCAGAGCCAGAGCCACGAAAGGACGACCUUCUACGGAGGACAGAUAAGCCCUACCUGUCUAUCAUGGGCUCCUACGACUGUUACUGUAUCUUGUGCGCGGGCACGUUAGAGAUCCAGGCUGUCACAAUUGGUUCGAUGAAGGAAAAGAAUCUGCGCAAGAGGGAUCGCAAUGUUGGUAUAGCAACGGGGAGGCUAGCUGACACGAGUGCUGAAGAGAACUCUUGCUCGUCGGACACCGAGAGUGAAGAAGAUGACAGCGGAGCGGAAGAUGUGCCUGACGACGAAGCCAGGAAGAAGCGGCUCAAUGAAUUACAAAAACAAACCGAAGAUGAUACAGGCUCUGAUUUUGAGGAUGAGCACGGAACCUCAAAUUCUGAAUAUUCUGAAGAUACAGAGUCUGUCGACAGCAACGACUUCGACCUGCUUGCGGGAGCAACUGAGAUUACAGAUGUGGCUAUGCGACCCCGCACCCCCGAGCCCAAGCCUACGGAAGAAAGAGACAGUGACAGUUGGUCACAAACUUCUGACUUAUCUUUUGAUUUCGAUGAGGUCCUUCUCAAAGAUGAUGCUAUCGAAUGGGAUGAGGACAGCUUCGACCCUAGAUUGAUCUCGCGAGAAGACUUGCUGUGGCUCAAUCGGAGCCGCGCACUGGCUCUCAAUCAUAAAUCUGACCCUGAAAACCCCAAAGCCUAUGUUUCUGGCAGGGGUCGUUACGAAGGACUCGGCACGUUUGUGGUCCGGAAAGCUGGACGAGAUCCGAACGAUGCUAAUGUGUCUGUGUUGGACGUCACAGCGUACUCCGAUGGGGAAGAGAACAUGGCUUUUCCUUUCCACGAGGCCUGCUUCAAUAUCUUCGCCAACAGCAUGGGACAUGAAAAGGGACACGAAGUCAACAAAGAUGUGAUGUGGGAGGUUAUGAGAGCCCAUCUGGUGGAUGAAAGACCGGCUCUAGACGUGAAAUAUGGGUAUAGCAUGGCACAUGAACAAUUCUGGGUAAAUGUGCCGGGCGAGGAGUACGUGGUAUGUGAUCCUGGUCCUCGACUCUCUCUCAGGGGAAAGAUUCCAGAGUUGUUAUCCGGCUCUAUUUUGAAUAGAGCUACGGAGGUCUUGGACUUAUCGAACAAAGUCCGUAGCGACCCGACCCAAAUUCUCCCAUACGACAUUCUCCUUGAGAUUAUCGGGUACAUGGACACAAAGGACAUGCUAUCAUUCAUGAAAGCUUCUUACCACGUCAACAGCUACACGCGUGAAGCUGCCUUCUGGCAACAUAUGAUACACGUUCGUAUCCUACCAUGGUUCAACGAACUCGGUCAUUUCGUCGAGAAUACCAGCACCGAUGCAACCGACUACAAAAGCCUCUUUCUCUGGUCUGAUGCACUGACCCGUCCCGAUAUCGGGAAUCAGGGACCGCUUAUGCACAUAGCGAACCGACGCAGAAUCUGGGAGUGUUGUCAACCACUAGCCUCGCUUUAUAAGAGAUUAGUAGGCCCCGUCGAGCCCGCUGAACCAGAAAAUUCAGAUGAAGCGAAGGCGAUUUUGGAGGCCUCCGUUUGCUUGUCCACACCUAUGACAAUGUACCCUUCACCCAAUGACUCGGAGACCACUUCUGCACGGUUCGUUCACGCAUGGUACGAGAUUGGUCAUCGGUCCUGUGUCCUCGACACGUAUUGGCGACACGAUCCUUCGCAAAACCUGUUCUUAGUUGGCAUCUCCAUCACGUUGGGUGGACAAAGGCGACUGUUUGGCAGUGCCGAGGGGAGCUUAGGACGUCCAUUACAUAUCGAGCGAGGGGAAUGGAUCAACCAAAUCAUAUGCGACAUCGACGAGAUUGAUAUAUUCAGCCGCAAUAGCCCUAAUUAUGAUUGGAGCACUUAUGGUAGACCUGAGGAAGUAAAGUCACUCACAACUUGUCUCAUCAGAGAUUUGCAGAUAAAAAUGACUACUGGAAGAGAAAAGUCUGUAAUGAAUCACCGCCUUGCCACCUCUCAGAGGCCGCUUGUGGUGUUGGACAACAUGCAUCUAGUGGGUUUAACAGGUCAGAUUGCUUCUAACGGUGCCAUCUCACGCCUCGGUCUUCUCCAAGCUUCCAGACUGGACUCAGCAACAACCGCCCGGCUACAAUACGACACUACUCAGCAACUAUUCUGGAAGUAUCUAACGCGUCUUCCUUACCAGCAGAGACAAUAUCCGAUAUGGUCACAUCCUUCUUACCAUCACGCUCUCUUCCCUAUGUCAACUCGCAUUUCACCAUUCGACCCGCCCGAGGAGAUGAUACCGCACGAUAUCUUCCUAUGGAACAAAACCUGUAUUGAAGUCUUUCAGCCUGGUGGAGCGACCAUCUUUAACUUGCCCAAUCAGACAGUAGAUGGAGAAUCAGCAAAAGAAUCGGUGCCUUCGACUAGCGCAACAACGACCACUUGCCCUAUCACUAGCCCCUUCCCCGGGACAGAAGCUUCAUGCACCAACACGACAUCCCCAUCCUACCAGUUCCAGUCCAGCCACGAAAUUGCUGCCAUUCAUUCUGGCCGCACGAAGAUCUACAGCAAUCAAAACUCCUUCGUCGGCUGUCAAACCGCCGCCCCAGCCCAACAUCCUCGCUGGACACUUGAUAUGAAUCCCCAUGAGGAAACAUUUAGAGAGCUAUGGACAGACCUCUUAAGGCAAAAUUCACAGCAAUAUGAUCCAAUGACCGGUGCAUUCAAGCCAUCUUAUGAAAAAGACAACAUUGCUUUUCCCCUGAAUAACGAAUCCAUCACCGAAGUCCAUGUCGAGCAUCAGUAUCGUGCUCUUAAGCUCGUUACGCAAUCUGGCCGUGUUGGCUAUUUUGGACUACCAGGGUGCAAAGAUUGGUGGGUUAGGAAGACAGUGGAGGGAGAGCGAUUUGUGGGGAUCAGUACUUGUUUUGGCAGUUUAGGUGGGUGGAGUCAGACGGCGAUGAGGUGGAGUCAUUGGAAGUUGAGUCGUGUCGGGGUUUUCUUUGAGAGGGUGGAUGAGGAUGGAGAGGUCGUUAGUAAGGAGAAGCAGAAGAUACUAGAGAAUAACGGGGAUGGGAAGGUUUUUGAGCAAGGGAAGAUCGAAAUUGUUACGACUGAAGAAGAAGAUGUUGCGUAG